UCAAACAUUAUAUUAUUUCUAUUAGGAAAUUUCAGUUGAUCAGAGAAAGAAGCUUAAUUAUUUUUAGCAACAAUGGCUGGUGCAAAUGAAGGAACAGUAAGUAACAAGCAGGUUAUAUUCAAACACUAUGUAAAUACUCGUCACCCUCAAGAAUCAGACAUGUACGUGAGUAGUAAUUCGGUCAAACUUCAAGUCCCAGAAGGAAGUAACGGAAUCGUUGUCAAGAAUCUCUACUUGUCUUGUGAUCGCUACAUGAGAAACCUAAUGAAAGAAGUAAAACACAGCCAGGGAUUUCAAACUUACAAGCCUGGUUCGCCUCUGUAUGGAUAUGGAGUGGCCAAAGUUGUAGAAUCUAGACAUCCAGAUUUUAAGGAAGGUGACUUUGUUUGGGGAAUCACAACAUGGGAAGAGUAUAGCUACAUUGCGACACCAACACCACAAACUCUCUUUAAAAUUAACCCUUCUGAUGAUUUACCUCUUUCCUAUUAUCUUGGAAUUCUUGGUAUGCCUGGGAUAACUGCUUAUGCUGGAUUUUACGAGGUUGGUGCUCCUAAGAAGGGAGAUUAUGUGUUUGUUUCAGCAGCUUCUGGUGCAAUAGGUCAAAUUGUUGGGCAAUUUGCAAAGUUGACUGGUUGCUAUGUUGUUGGGAGUGCUGGAAGUACAGAGAAAGUUGAUUUGUUGAAGAAUAAAUUUGGAUUCGAUGAGGCUUUCAAUUACAACGAAGAAAAGGAUUUGGAUGCAGCUUUGAAAAGGUAUUUUCCUGAAGGCAUCGACCUAUAUUUUGAUAUUGUUGGUGGAAAAAUGCUCGACGCAGUUCUACUUAACAUGAGAUACAAUGGACGGAUUGUAAUAUGUGGAAUAUUAUCACAAGAAAAUUCAGAAAAACACGAAGGAAUACACACACAAGAGAAAUUCAGAUAAAACACGAAGGAAUUACAACAGCAUUGUAGACUUAUUCUGAAAACAUAUAUCGUCAUGGAAGGGUUUGUUGUGUCUGAUUACUAUCACCUUCUUUCCAAAAUACACCUGGAAAUGGUUGUGCCAAAAUCCAUAAAAGAAGGGAAGAUUAACUUAUAUUGAAAGAAUAUUGCCAGUGGCCUUGAAAGCGGUCCAGCAGCUUUUUGGUUGGCUUCUUUAACUAGACAGAAAUGUAAGGAAGCGAGUGGUUAA